AUGGACCAGAACCAAGAUGGCUUCCUCGAUGCCCCCGACCCUGCCGGCGCACCUCUGCUCUCCGAGACCGACACCAAGUUUCUGAGCUCCUUCUUCGAGGACAUGUCCUCCGCCCAGUACAACAUGCCCUCCUUCGGCGAAGGCCUUCACUUCAGCGACGCCUGGUUCGACCUGCCUCCUCAGUUCAUGGGCACCGCGACCUCAUUCGGACCUCAAGCGUCGACCCUGCCCAACCCCGAAGCUUUUCUUAGCGAGCAUGUCGAUUUCAACCCAUCCCCUGGCACAUCGCAACAACCGCAGCUCAUGCGCCCCCCUUCGGCUCCCAUGACCCAGCAGCCACAAUCCCACCAACGCCAAGCUUACCAGCAACAACACCAGCAACAACACCAGCAACAACAUCAGCAACAUCAGCAACAACAUCAGCAACAACAUCAGCAACAACAUCGACACCACUCCGACGACGUCCUUAAUGCCGCCGCCACGCUUCUUCGGAAUAACAGUUCUAGCCCCCGCUCCAGUGGCAAGGGCAAGGACUCGUCCCCGGGUACUCGACGGCCCCUCGGCCCUCCUAUCGGCCACCUCCGCCACCAGCCCAUGGACGAGUUCAAAGAAGAGAGCCAACGGGACCUGAAAAAUGAAGCCGACAGCAACACAUUUACAGACUGGAUGUUUGGGUCGAAGGACCGUCCAGGGUCCCGACAGGCCCAGGUCAACGAGCUGCACUGGGGCUCCGACGCCAACUUUGGCAACGGCCAAGGCUACGUCCCGUCCCCUACCAAGGAAACCGUCGACGGCCACCACAAGGUCCAGAUGCAGGUCCUCGGCUGCCUCGAACCAAACAACAGCGUCCCCAACACCCGCAGCGGCAGCCCCAACCUAGACCCCCAGCGCGCCGCGCCGCCCCAGACCGCGGUCCCAGCUGAAGACGCCGACGCCCCUCCGCGCAAGCGGCGCAAGAGCAGGCUGCAACGUGGCGGCCCCGACGAUGACGAUGACGACGAUUCCUCAGCAAAGAUGGCCUUCAAAAAGUCCAAGAGCCCCCAGGGAAGCAACGGCCUGCCCUCACCGCCAGCAGAGUCCGCCUCGUCCCGCCGCCGCAAAUCCGGGGUUGCCAAGGGCCCUCGCGAAAACCUCAGCGAGGAGCAGAAGCGUGAGAACCACAUCCGGAGCGAGCAGAAGCGCCGUACCCUUAUUAAGGAGGGAUUUGACGACCUGUGCGAGCUCGUGCCGGGUCUCAAGGGCGGCGGCUUCAGCAAGAGCACCAUGCUCUCCAUGGCCGCUGAGUGGCUCGAGCAGCUCCUCCAGGGCAACCAAACACUCGCCGCGCAGCUUCAAGGCAUGGGCCAAUAA